UCACAGCUUGCCUGUUGGUAGUCGAAGGCGGUCAUGCCGGAGGUGCUGUUGAUGCUCCCAACUUCAAAGUAGCAAGUAUAGUUGCGUCUUUUAUAUUUAGUUUGUUUUACGGCAGAAAUAUGAAGACAAUACUUGCAGCCUACUCCGGUGUCUUGCGAGGCACCGGCUCCAGCCUCCUCUCGGCCCUCCAGGACCUGCCCUCUGCUCCAUGGCUGUCCCGGUCCAAGGUGCAGAAGCACCUGCAGGUCAUCUCUGUGCUGCAGUGGGUGAUGAGCUUCCUCAUGCUGGGAGCGGCCUGCACGUUGCUCCUUGUCUACAUCUUCUGCACCGACUGCUGGCUGAUAGCCGCCAUGUACACCGCCUGGCUCAUCUUCGACUGGAACACCCCGAAACAAGGAGGCCGCAGGUCCUCCUGGGUCAGAAACUGGACAGUGUGGACUUACUUCAGAGACUACUUCCCUAUCAGACUCAUUAAGACGCACAACCUGCUGCCCAGCCGGAACUACAUCUUUGGCUACCAUCCCCAUGGCAUUUUGUGCUUCGGGGCUUUCUGUAACUUUGGGACGGAGGCCACAGGCUUCUCCAAGAAAUUCCCUGGAAUUAGGCCCUCCCUGGCAACCCUGGCUGGAAACUUCCGGAUGCCGGUGCUGAGGGACUAUUUGAUGUCUGGAGGCAUCUGUCCGGUGAACCGAAACUCCAUCGACUACAUCCUGUCCCGGAACGGAACGGGCAAUGCCGUGGUCAUUGUCGUUGGGGGAGCGGCAGAGUCCCUGAACUGUGCUCCCGGCGUGAAUUCUGUCACCCUGAAGAAGCGCAAGGGAUUUGUGAAACUGGCCCUGCAACAGGGGGCUGACCUGGUGCCUGUGUAUUCGUUUGGGGAGAACGAGGUCUACAAGCAGCUGAUCUUCGAGGAGGGCACGUGGUGGCGGCUGGCUCAGAGGAGACUGCAGAAGCUGAUUGGGUUUGCGCCCUGCUUGUUCCAUGGCUGCGGCCUGUUCUCCGACGACACCUGGGGCCUGGUGCCUUACUGUAAACCCAUCACCACUGUUGUUGGGGAGCCCAUCACCGUGCCUAAGAUCGAGGAGCCCAGCCAGGAAGUGGUGGACCAGUACCACGCCAUGUACAUCAGCUCCCUGGUCAAGCUCUUCGACAAGUACAAGGUCCGCUUCGCCCAGAAGGAUAGCGUCCUAGAGGUCCAGUGAGGGGGGGGCUUUGGGACCUCCAACAGAGAACUGUGCUGCCUAGCUCAAACACCCACCCCCUCCCCCUGCCCCCCAUUCAAGUGCCUGGCUGAGAUCUGGACCUUCUUUAUAUGUAUGUGUAUGGUACAUUGCAUGGUACACAACCUGUGGCAAGCAAAAAAACUCCCAUCUGAUUGAAAAAGAGCAUAAUAAAUAUAUAAUAAUUUGUUAUUUAGCUGACACCUUUUUCCAGAGCGACUUACAGUUGAUUAGACUAAGCCCCCCCGGAGCAUUGUAGGGUUAAGGGCCUUGCUCAAGGGGCCAGCAGCUGUGCAGAUCUAAUCAUGGCUCCACCAGGGAUCGAACCACCGACCAUCCGGGUCCCAGUGAGGUACCAUAGCCACUAUGCUACAGGCUGCCCAAUCAUGUUCUUUUAUUUUCCUUUUUUGAAGACCCGAGACGUGCCCCUGUGCAUCGCCGGCGCUUAUUAGCGAACGCAUUCGGCAAAACCUUCUUUUAUCCCCCUCAUUUCGUUUCGUCCUUGUUCACCGAGAGGACCGCAGAUGUUUUGAGCGACCAGCUUCCGGCAAUUGUAAAGUUUUGUUAUCCCCAAGUGCGAUUUCGAGUGUUUGUAUUAUGUCUGCCACUAAGUGGUACUAUAUUAUUUGGCUUCACCGGCUUACAGGCCUUAAAUUCACACAGCAGUUGAAGACCGUCCUCAUCCAGUAUAUACAUGCCAUACGCUUGCUAUUUUGUCAUUAACCCAGGUUGUACAUUUCUUUUUUAUUUUAUGCCUUAGAGACAAGCCCCAAGUAAAUACUAUAAACUAUGUGAUUCCUCAACUGACUGCCUUUCUGAGCUAUUGUUAGGGUAUCAACAUUAGAAUCAUCACACUCAUUAAAUGCCCAUAUUAAGCAGACAAUAGUAAACUGUCUUUAUUUCAAGUCAACAAAAGAAACAAGAACAAUUUUGGCAUGCCCAGUCAUAGAGUUUGAUUAAGCGUGAUUUGUUUUUGACUGUGGCCCUUUUUCUUUUUUAAAAAAAGCACAAACAAUGCAAUAUCAAAGGUUUCGCCUCACAAAAGCAGCCACUGUUGCUCGCGUAUGUCAAGGCAAAGCUAGGGAUCACCCUUUUCUGCAAUAAUUAUAUUGAACUAAAUGUAAUUUUAAGAUAAAUAUAUGCAUAUUGUGAUGCAUAUCCACAGUACAGGUUAUUAUGCAAUACCAUGAAUGUUUUAAUUGUAAGCAGAGGUGUGUGUGUGUGUGUGUGUGUGUGUGUGUGUGUAAGAGAGAGAGAGAGAGAGGGAGAUAGUCGGGGUCUUUCCUUUGUGUGAGGAAAUAAUCCCAUUAUUUUUCAAUGGAAGCAAAGCAAUUUUCCUUGCAAUUAUUUGUUUUGUCUUAAUGUGAUUCCGUUUUCUUCGAAGGAAAUCUAUCUUUGCAAUGCAAAGAUUCCUCCCAGAAAACACACUAAAAUGUUAAAACAUGAAUUAGAUUUAGUUCGAAAAUGUCCCCUUUAUUAUUUCCCCUGAAAUAUUGCUCUGUUUCUUGUCAGUAAUUAUUGUACAAAAUGAGAUCUGGUUGAAAUGAUGAGGUGUGUGUGUGUGUUUGUGUGUGUGUGUGUGUGUGUGUGUGUGUGUGUGCGUGCGCGUGCGCGUGCGCGUGCAUGUGUGUGUGAUUGUAAGGGCAUGUCUGUGCAGUUCUUGAAUGUGAUGAAGACAGUUCUGGGGAAUGUUGAUUCAAAAGAUGAUGGGAUUUUUCCACAAAGGAACAGCAUUAGCUAGGGAAAGGAAAUGAACAAUCCGGAACAUUUUAUUGUAUAACACCUGUUUUGAAUGUUUUCUAAAUCUGCCAAAAACAACCCAAAAAAAAACCCAAUGCCUUAAAGUAUUUAAUGGUCACUGCCAGGGCAAACACAGAAGCCAUUUUGAAGUUUCCCCUGAAAAGCUGAAACUGUUCUUGUGAAUAUAUUUAUGCAUGUCUGCUAUUUUUUGUUUCAUGUAGGAGGUGUUAUGGCUAUUUUCUAAGUGUUUACAAAUCCUGAAAGGGUGAUUGUGUCAUGGAAAUGUCAUUCUGAGUUUCCUCAUUGAAUUCUGCCGAGUGACACGUGCCUUCCUCUAAUUUAAGUGCAAUAAAAAUGAUAACAUGCGACUCGCCUUUCAGGCUCUAUAUGUUUUUAUAU